AUGCUUUCAACUACAUGUUCAUUGUCGUCCGGUAAAUCAUCACAAUCAAUCAAUUAUCCACAAUUCGAUAAUAUUCAAUUAAAACAUCUUCCAAUUGACAAUGGAUCUAAUACUAUACGUUCUGUACCAAAUGCAUGUUUCACACGUGUCACGCCGACAAAAGUCGAUAAUCCUCGUAUAGUUUUAUUAUCACCUGAUGCACUAAAUCUGUUAAAUAUUCAAUAUGAAAUUAGUCAUCCAGAUAAUAAACAGAACUGUGAAGAGAAAACAGAACAGAAAGAAGAAGAAACGCAUUGUUUAGUUGAUUAUUUAUCAGGGAAUAAAUUAUGGCCUGGUAGUGAUCCAAUAGCUCAUUGUUAUUGUGGUUAUCAAUUUGGUAGUUUUGCUGGACAACUUGGUGAUGGUGCAGCAAUUUCACUUGGUGAAAUAAUCAAUGAACAAGGUGAACGUUGGGAAUUACAAUUGAAAGGUUCCGGUUUAACACCAUUCUCUCGACAUGCUGAUGGAAGAAAAGUAUUACGAUCUAGUUUACGAGAAUUUCUAUGCUCUGAGGCAAUGUAUUAUUUAGGUAUACCAACUACUCGAGCUGCAUCAAUUAUUACAUCUGAUACACUAGUUGAACGUGAUAUGUUUUAUACAGGUGAUAAUAUAUUUGAAAAAGCUAGUAUAACUAGUAGAAUAGCUAAAACAUUUAUUAGGUUUGGAUCUUUUGAAAUAACUAAAACUCAAGAUCCAAUCACUGGACGUUCUGGUCCAAGUGUUGGUAAUUUGACAAUUGUAUCACAGCUUACUAAUUUUGUGAUACAACAAUUUUAUCCUGAUAUAUGGGCAGCACAUUCCAAUGAUCUCAUUAAAUGUUAUUUAGAAUUCUUUAGAGAAGUAGUAAAACGUACAGCGAAUUUAGUAGCUUUAUGGCAAACUGUUGGAUUUUGUCAUGGUGUACUAAACACAGAUAAUAUGAGUAUUAUUGGUUUAACAAUUGAUUAUGGACCAUUUGGUUUUAUGGAUCAAUUCACAUGGGAUCAUGUACCGAAUACCUCAGAUCCAGAUGGACGUUAUUCUUAUGCACAACAACCAAGUGUUUGUCAAUGGAAUUGUGCUCGUCUAGCUGAUUGUUUAAUUCAAGCAUUAAUUGAUCAACAGAAAUAUUUAUCAUCUGAUGAUGAUCAAAGAAUAAUUACUAAUGAUGAUCUUAGCAUAAAAUUUACAGAUAUUUUACAUACUACUUAUAUGCCUUAUUUUCAAAGUGUUUAUUUAGAUAGAAUGCGUAAAAAGUUAGGUUUGCUUUAUGCUAAAGAUGAAAUCGAUAAAGAACUUAUACACAAUUUAUUUGAUACAAUGGAAAAAACUGGUGCAGAUUUUACAAAUACAUUUCUAGCAUUGGAAGAUACUUUAUCUCAAGUAUUCUAUGGAAAUCAUGAUGAAGAUUUAUUCAAAAAAUUUCUUCUUAAUGAUGAUGAUGAUAACAUUGAUUCAAAUGUAUUGAAACCUGAUCUGUUAGUUAAAGAAUGUUGUAGUUUAAGUCAACUACAAGAAACAUUUGAACCGAUUGAUAUGGCAUUACAUCAUUAUUUAUCAUUAAAAUUUGCUGGUAUACGUGAAAAUAUUAUUGAUAAAUUAGAAGAAGUGAAAAUGUUAAAAAGUAAAGAACGCGAAAAAUUAUAUGCAGAAUUAGAACAUAUGACAAAUGAAGAAUAUCAAGAAAGAAAUAAACGUUUAUGGUCUGAUUGGUUAAAAGAAUAUAAAACACGUUUAAAAAUUGAUUUUCAAGAGGAGAAUAUUAAUAACAACACUAGUGGCAUGCAAUUGUUGGAACGUUUAGCUUUAAUGCAAUCUGUUAAUCCACGUAUAGUUCUACGAAAUUAUUUAGCAGAAGAAGCUAUCAAAUCAGCUGACAGUGGAGAUUAUACAAUUGCUCAACAAUUAUUCAAUUCAUUAUGUACACCUUAUGAAAAUGUGAAUAUAUCUUUAAAUAGUAAAUCAUGUCAUCUUGCAUCCAGAAUCCAAUAUCGUCCUCCUGAAUGGUCUCGUAAACUGCGUGUUUCUUGCUCAUCCUAA